AUGCCUUCUGGUCUUCCCAUGGCCUCCAUCCGUUCCUCAUUGAGGACUCAAAGCUUCAAUACUGUGCGACGAUAUUCUUCCCAGACUCCCCGCCAUUUCCUCUCCAUUGCCGACCUGACGCCUACCGAAUUUGCAACUCUUGUUCGCAAUGCGUCUUUACACAAGCGAUCCAUCAAGUCCGGGUCAAUUCCGCAAACCCUGCUUGGUUCGUUGACGGGAAAGACGGUCGCGAUGAUUUUUAGCAAGCGAAGCACCCGGACCAGGGUCUCUACAGAAGGAGCCGUAGUGCAGAUGGGGGGUCAUCCGAUGUUUCUGGGCAAGGAUGAUAUUCAAUUAGGGGUCAAUGAGUCUCUCUACGAUACGUCGGUGGUCAUCUCGUCCAUGGUUUCUUGCAUUGUCGCCCGUGUUGGCCAACACGCCGAAGUCGCGGACCUGGCGAAGCAUUCGUCGGUGCCAGUCAUCAAUGCUCUGUGCAACUCCUUCCACCCUCUCCAGGCCAUUGCCGAUUUCCAGACCAUCUACGAGACAUUUACACCCAAGGCCCAUCACCUCUCCAGUCUGGGGCUGGAGGGUCUGAAGAUCGCUUGGGUAGGUGACGCUAACAAUGUUCUGUUUGAUAUGGCGAUUGCCGCGACCAAGAUGGGCGUUGAUGUCGCUGUUGCCACGCCCAAGGGCUAUGAGAUUCCUGCAGACAUGCAGGAGCUCAUCCAGUCUGCUGGAAAGGGCGUUGCCCGCCCUGGUAAGCUUCUGCAAACCAAUGUUCCCGAGGAAGCCGUCAAGGAUGCCGACGUCCUGGUCACAGACACCUGGGUGUCCAUGGGACAGGAAGAGGAGUCGGCGAGGAGACUGCGCGACUUUGCGGGCUUCCAGAUCACCCCCGACCUUGCGAAGCGAGGAGGCGCAAGGGAAGGCUGGAAGUUUAUGCACUGCCUACCACGACACCCCGAGGAAGUCAGCGACGAGGUUUUCUAUAGCCCCCGCUCGCUGGUCUUCCCCGAGGCCGAGAACCGACUGUGGGCAGCCAUCUCUGCUUUGGAGGGAUUUGUUGUCAACCAGGGGAAAAUUGAAUGA